UUCACUGCAAUAAACAUGUAUUGAUGGUGUAUGACGCAAGUUGCCACGCGAAAGUUGAAGUUGUACCCCACCUGCUCUGUGUUGUUCUCUUUUGGGGUUCACCUGCCACCUUCAUAUUCUCUUUCCCUAACAAGUCCAAUCUUCGUUCAAGGAUCUUGGAUCCUUCAUAUAAGCCAUCUCCCACGGAUUGACAGUCAUGCCCGAUGAGGUUGCCUUCCUUGAUGACAUCGAGGUUGAGAGUGCGCUUUUGAGUGCGGUCUCCUCUCAUCGCCCAGUUGGUAUCCAUCGUCAUUUCCACCUGAUUCGGAUACUCCAGAAGCUCUCGCAAGCCGUGGAAAAAAUAGAUGAAUCUCGAAAAGAGGAUAGCAGGCCACCCUUAACUGGCCAAGCAGCGCUGCAAGAUUCGAAGCUGAUUUGGAACAAACUGGAAGAAUGGUACGAUCUGACAGCGUUGAACGAGCUCGAAUACAAAAUAGAGGGAGGCGUCCAGGACGAAGAAGAUGACGAGGACAGCUGUGAGGCCGAUGGGGGAGACGACAGCGAGGAUAUGCCAGAAAACCGCUGCCCCCAAUGCGAGGAGGGCUUUAUACUCUCGCAAACGUUCGAGUUCGAGAACAUGAUCGCUCAACGCGCUAGAGCGCCAGAAAGCAGCGAAGAAGAUUUAUCAGAUGAUGAAUUGACGGAAGUGGAAAGUCCAGUCAAAAAGAGCGUGAAGCGCUCUGCCCCUCCAAGCGAAGGCGAAGACGAUGAGCCCGAGCAAGAUGGCGAGGAUGAAGCGGAGGCACCGACACGACGGGGGACUCGUUCUGGGAGCCGUUCCGGACCACCGCCAGCGAAGGGUCGAAGAAGCACACGCAAAUAGGCAGUAGACGAACGCAUAUGCUA